AUGGCUGCCAGUGGAGAGGUAGGGAAGCUGUUACAAGUACAAAAUGGGACACCACCGAGCACCAACUACAACGGAGUAGAUGCUGUUCAUGCCUGUAACAUCCUUCAGCAGCUCAAAGCCUUAUAUGAUGAAGCACAGCUCACAGACAUUGUCGUAGAAGUGGACCAUGGCAAGACUUUCGCAUGUCACCGGAAUGUCCUUGCAGCAAUUAGCCCGUAUUUUAGGUCCAUGUUCACCAGUGGCCUUACAGAGAGCAGCCAGCGUGAGGUCAGAAUUGUUGGGGUUGAAUCUGAAUCCAUGCACCUUGUCCUAGACUAUGCCUACACAUCCAAGGUCAUGCUUUCUGAGUCCAAUGUCCAGGCCCUGUUCACUGCAGCCAGCAUUUUCCAGAUUCCUGCCUUGCAGGACCAGUGUGCCCAGUUCAUGAUCAGCAGACUAGACCCCCAGAACUGUAUUGGGGUCUUCAUGUUUGCUGAUGCCUAUGGACAUCAGGAGCUGAGGGAACGCUCACAGGACUACAUCCGUAAGAAGUUCUUGUGUGUGUCAAGGGAGCAAGAGUUCCUUCAGAUGACCAAGGAGCAGUUGGUCAGCAUUUUGAACAAUGAUGACCUCAACGUGGAGAAAGAAGAGCAUGUCUAUGAGAGCAUUGUCCGCUGGCUGGAGCAUGAUCUUUCUGGCCGUGAGGUCCACCUAGCUGAGGUCUUUUCCCAAUGCAUCCGUCUGCCCCUGCUGGAUGAGGCCUUCCUCAGUCGGAUACCGGCCUCUUUUGCUUGUGCCCUAUCCCUGUCACAGGACCCUGCUGAGGCCAAAGCUCGCCUCACUGGCACCAAUGGUUGCCCACAGCGCCUGGGUAUGACUGCUUCUGAGAUGGUCAUCUGCUUUGACGCAGCUCACAAACACUCAGGGAAGAAGCAGACAGUGCCUUGCCUAGACACAGCCACAGGAAGAGUGUUCAAGCUCUGUAAACCACCCAAUGAUCUCCGGGAGGUUGGUAUCUUGGUGUCCUCAGAGAAUGACAUCUACAUUACUGGAGGUUACAGGCCGAGCAACAGUGAAGUGUCCAUUGACCAUCGGGCAGAGAGCGACUUCUGGCAGUACGAACACGCAGGCAACCGAUGGCUUCCACGUGCACCUCUGCUGAGAGCGAGGAUAGGCUCCAGGCUUGUGCACUGCUGUGGGAAGCUUUAUGCAUUGGGAGGCAGAGUAUAUGAAGGUGAUGGGCGAAAUGCAUUAAAGUCAGUAGAGUGCUACGAUGCCAGGGACAACUGUUGGACAGCAGUCAGUCCUAUGCCAGCCGCCAUGGAGUUUCACACUGCUGUGGAGUACAAGGAUCGCAUCUAUGUCCUCCAAGGUGAAUAUUUCUUCUGUUUCGAUCCCCGUAAGGACUAUUGGAGUCAUCUUGCGCCAAUGACUGUCCCUCGGAGUCAGGGUCUGGCUGCCUUGUAUAAGAACUGCAUCUACUACAUUGCCGGCAUCUGCAGGAACCACCAGCGCACCUUCACUGUGGAGGUCUACGACAUUGAGAAGAGCACAUGGAGCCGCAAGAGAGAUCUGCCCUUUGACCAAGCCACAAGCCCGUAUAUAAAGGCCAUGCUGCUGCAAGGCAAGCUACACCUGUUUGUACGAGCAACACAAGUGAUGGUUGAGGAGCAUGUGUUUCGCACCAGCCGCAAGAACUCCCUUUACCAGUACAACGAUGAAGCAGACGCAUGGACCAAAGUUUAUGAGACACCUGACCGCCUCUGGGAUUUGGGUCGCCAUUUUGAAUGUGUCGUGGCCAAACUUUACCCACAAUGUCUACAGAAAGUGCUUUGAGGUAGCUUGGUUUUUGUAAACCAAUCUAUAAGGCAGAGGGAGUAGUGUGUCCUGCCUGCCUUGUGCCUGGUGUUCCCUUGGGUUUGCACCGCAAGGACCAUUUUGGGCUAAGUCUUAAGUCGUUCAAACUUUGGUUCAAUAUGAUCAAAAUGGGGGUGCUUUUAAAGAUUGCAGUAUUUUUUUUCCCAGACAGCACCAACUACCCACACAGAGGCUUGUUUAAAAACAGUUCAAUGAAUCAUAAGUGCAAUUAUCCUAUUUUUUGCUUGUUGUUGAGCCAUGUUCUAUUUUUGUUUUAGAUGCAUUUAGGUAAGGAUUUUUACAAAUCAUAAGCAUGCGAAUGAGGGUAUUGGCAGGAUAAAAGUGCCCUCUGGAGAUUUGGAUGCUAUGUGUCAGCAUAAAGUGAGAAUCUAUAUAUAUAUAAAUGACUAUAUAAACUAUGUAUUCAUACGGGUAAGAUGAGUACUAUAGCUCAUUAGUAGUUUGCUGGCUCUGAAGCUUUUGUGUUUGUGUGUGUUUUUACUAUUAUUUGUCAAGUCUUUCAUCUUAUUUUAUAGAAAGGUUUUGAAGUGUGCUUAUGAUUUACAUUACCUUAGUGUUUUUGAAGCUAUAUGAUAUAUUUAGGCCCCCUCUUUCUUCAUAUGCGUCGGUGUG